CGAGACCACUUGCGAUGCCUGGUGGUAAGACAAGAUGGUUACUGACUCUCCUCCUUCAGUCUUUUCCCACUAGUGUCUCUACUAUAUGCCGCGCGCCUUGGUUCAUGGGAAACUUUGCGCUUGCUGCAUAGUAUUCAACCCGAGCGGAACCCCCCCAAAGAAAACCCCAGGAACGAGAAAGCAACCCUGCAUCAGACCAGGUCAAGCAAGUCAAGUCCGUAGUCUGCAAGUGGGAGAACGAAGAAGAAACGAAAGAGCCCAGGGCGGGCGGGCUACCGCAUCUCAGAUCGAUCAACAUUCAGGUCGUUCGCGCUUUACCACCACUGCCGUCCCCCAUCUUCUUUUUCCCCAUCUUCUUCUUCUUCUACUUCUUCUUCUUCUUCUUCUUCUUCUUCUUCUUCUUCUUCUUCUUCUUCUUCUUCCUCCUCCUCUUCUGCCGCUGCUGCUGCUGCUUUCCGUUUUUUUAACCCUCUUCCCUCUCUUACCAUCUACCCGUCUUCUUUCUCUCCUGAACCAGAACAAUGUCCAAUCCAUCUUUAGCCACUGAGGCUACGAUUGCAGACAUUGGCUAAGACCAGACGACCCGCCCUGCCCCUUCACUUAUCCCUCGUCAGCUCACUGACUCUCGGCCACCCACCAAACUCAACUCUCAUACUCUCUCACACUCCUAUGACCUCCAUCCCUCGGCCCUCGCCCCAUCUUUUCGCCUGGGAUUCCCGGCGCGGCUCAUAGACCC